AUGCGUCUGCUAAAGAUCCAUAUUCUCGCCGCAGCGGUUAUUUUAAUUCACAUGUCAGCAGUGCUUGCAUCCAACAACUGCACACCUUCAGUAAGUAACGAUGCAUGGAAGUUCCUGGAGACGUUUAAACAUGGUUAUGCCAAGUACGUAACAGUAGAUAUGCACAAGAUAUGCAUAAUAUUUGAGGAAACACAAGCUGACGCAACGGCUAAAAAAGCAAUCUACAACGUGUCUUCGAUAUCAACCGAUAAUGGCCAAGCAAACCCAACUACGAACGAAGUCUUCCAGGUUCAAGAGUGUCCAUCUGAUAUGGAGGUUCACCUGCAAAGUGAUGGUCAAUAUCUUUAUAACGUGACGAUCAAGUACAGCGACUACGCCACUUGCACCAUCUUGCAUCACCAUGACGCAACUCACGCUUGCUCAAUGUUCCUGACUCAAGAGGCAAAUUCUGAUAAAGAGGCGUGCUUAACCCAGUUUGUCAAGUAUUGCGGAAACGUUUAUUAUGACAUCUACUACGAGUCCAUUUGCAAUAGAACUUGA